AUGUCAAGGAUAAUCAAGGUCCUUUCCAAGCCAAGUAAUAAGGAUAUUUUAAAUGAAAAUGACAAUGAAUUAUCUGAAGCAGUCCGCAACACAUUAAAAUUAGAGGUAUUGAAGAUCCCGUAUGGUCAUUAUAGCGAAUUCAUUUUAAAAGUAAAUACAAUAUUAGAAUUACUUUAUUUUCAGGCAGAAGAACUAUUUGUUUCUCCACAUUUUAAGCCAUGCGUAACCACAGUUUCUUCCACUUCUCUCGCCGGAUCGUAUGUGACACUGCCAAAGUUCCGACCAUACUCUGCUCACGAUUCCGAACUUCUAUCGGUAAUACCAGAGAAGGAACAUUUAUCUAUUGAUUAUACUAAAAAGGCAUCAACUGAUGGAAUAGAUGCAACCACGAUCGAAAUUGCAGGUAGAAAAUAUAUUCUUAAAGAAAACGUUAAGAAAGAUAAAGCUACUGUACUUUUUGAUUAUCAUGAUCAUAGCAAAUCAGAAGAUGGUGCCUUCAAAAGUGGAUGUUCGGCUAUUGAUUGUACUGAAGCUAGCAGCGGUGCAGCAUCCAAACCAAAUAAAAUUGAAAUAUGUGAAAACACAAUUGUUUUGAAUGAAUCAAAAGCUACUCAAAGUAUUGAUGAUAACGAUAAUUCAAUAAAAGAUAAAUCAUGCAGUGAUGAAGAGGUGCAAGAAUCUAUUGAAAAUUUCGAAUCAGAAAAUGAAUCAUGUUUUUCAUCGAUCGCAGAGUCUUUGCAAGAUGAUAUUUAA